AUGCCUCAAGCUAUCGCCAAUGUCGGGCUGCACUACUUGGAGCAUCCAGGCGGUCCCGACAGCAUUUUCGAGAAGCUUGGGGGUCAGGCCCGGAAGGGGCGAGAUUACGAGGCACUUGAAAAGUUCGUGGAUGGCUUCUACAACAUGAUGGCUACGGACAAGGACAUGAAGAAAUUCUUCGAGAACAGGAACCUUAUUCAUUUAAAGAAAAGAACCGUCGACUAUCUUGGCGGCCUUUGGGGUGGCAAGGCAUAUCGGGGACCGGACCUCUUCCUUGCCCACACAGGUUUGGGCGUCACGGUGAAGAUCUUUGAGCUGAUGAUGAAGUGCGUCGAGAAGGCUAGGAAUCUCGGACAGGUCAACAAAGCUCUAGCGAAGCAGAUCGUCAGUGACAUCGAGAGUAUGAAGGAGCCGCUGUGCGAUCCAACGGGCAAGCUGGCGAAGGAGCAGAAUGCCAAGAACUUGGCCUUGGGCGACCCCUUCGAUGAUGCUGCGAAUCGAGCCGCAUACGCGGAGCUGCAGCGGAAAGAGGAGGAGAGGCGCCAGAAGUUGAUCGACUUCCGCAAGCGAAAGGAGGCGGAAGCAAAAGACAAGGCAAAGAGCAAGAAGGACGGCGAGAAGGCGAGGGAACCCAGCAAGGACUCCAAAGAGGCAGAGGCUACCAAAGAGCACUCCAAAGAGGAGCAGGUCCAGGAUUCGGCGCGCAUGGCUCAUCUGAAGCCGGCGGCUCCAAAGCCGGAGAACACGGAGGUCUCCAACGUGGGUUCCACGGAUCCUGGGAAAGAGAAGACAAGCCAGAAGGACUCGGUGAUGGCUCCGUUUCAACCCGUCGAGAAGAAGGACCGCCCCUCCGCCGCUGCCGAGUGCGCGCCAAAGACUCUCUCACAACUGCCCACUGCCACAAGAGCUGUGCAGGAGAAGGGCCACCGGAAGCAAAGCUCCACGGCGAACUCCAAUUUUAUCAAGGCAAAAGUCGAGAAGAACGCCGAGGCUCGCUCGGGUGACUCCGGCCUCUACUCGAUGGAGACGACCGUGGGCAACCGGACAGAAGCAUUCUCAGAGCGUUGCGAGGCUACAGAAGAGAACGGAGAUCCGGAGGAUUGGUCGAGCGUCGACGAGGAUUCUUCCGUGACCUCAGCGCGGUCUGCAGGUGCUUGCGAGAUGAUGGACUGGAGGUGGAGCCCCGACAUCUCGCCCUGGAACUCGCCGUGGGGGUCGCCCGUGGGCACCGUCACGCUGACAUUCGAGGAUGGCAGCUCGCCCGCUUGCGAUGGCGGAAUCGAGGAGCCACGCUGUCCAAGGUCUGUCCAGCUUCUGAUGAAUUGA